AUGUGAUCAGCUGUGUCCACUCACAUCGCAUCUGUCACGCUGACAGCUCGUGAGGAGAGGAGAGCCGGUGAUCGGUAUUACUCAGAGGGACAUCUACACUGAUCAUCAGGGCACUGAUGAUCAGUGUAGCCCCAGCAGUGCCACCUGUCAAUGUUCAUCAAUGCCACCUGCCAGUGCCCAUCAGUGCCACAUCAAUGCCACAUAUCAGUGCCUACCAGUGCACAUCAAUGUCACAUAUCAGUGCCCAUCUGAGCCACCAGUGUCAGUCAGUGCCGCCUAUCAGUGCACUUCAGUGCCGCCUAUCAGUGCCA